AUGAGCCCAACCACAUUGCAACUACGUGACCAACAACCUCAUAUUAAAGGACGUAUGCGCUCAACCACAUUGCAACUACGUGACAAACAACCUCAUAUUGAAGGAAGUAUGAGCCCAACCACAUUGCAACUACGAGACCAACAACCUCACAUUGAAGGAAGUAUGAGCCCAACCACAUUGCAACUACGUGACCAACAACCUCACAUUGAAGGAAUAACAACCACAUCAACAACGAUUGAAGGAAGUAUGAGCCCAACCACAUUGCAACUACGUGACCAACAACCUCAUAUUGAAGGAAGUAUGCGCCCAACCACAUUGCAACUACGUGACCAACAACCUCAUAUUGAAGGAAGUAUGAGCCCAACCACAUUGCAACUACGUGACCAACAACCUCAUAUUGAAGGAAGUAUGAGCCCAACCACAUUGCAACUACGUGACCAACAACCUCAUAUUGAAGGAAGUAUGAUUGAAGGAACAACCUCAUAUUGA